GGAAAUUCGUAUUUCAAUGACUUCCUGUUAGAUGUUGUGGAAGACGAUUUUGGACCAGAAUCUGUCUGAAAUUUGACAACUACCGGACUAAAUCGAAUAGAAUACGAUCCUCAGCCUGGCAGGUGUCUGUUGAUGUGUGACUGAAGGGUGCCAGCUUACACCCCCACUGAUCCGAUGCGCGGUCUUGCCCUCACUUUGAACACCCACUGUAUAGUGAUGAUAAUCCACUUGUAACUGGGCGCUGGGGAGAAAUGCCGCAUUCUGUCACACAGGGCAGCAUGGCACAGGUAAAGUGGUCUCCAGGCCAGAGUGUUGUGGGUAUUUACAAGUUUGAAGGGCACUCCGAUGAGGACCUUCCUUUUAUAAGAGGGGAACUCUUAACUAUUGUCAAAUCUACCAAGGAUUCAAAUUGGUACAAAGCCAGGAAUCAGAAAGGCAAAGAGGGGAUGAUUCCUGCCAAUUAUGUAGAGGGUCAGCAUCCUCUGGGCAACUCCCACGGUCAGAGACAGCGUGCCCCACAAAUGAUGUCCAACUCAGGGGGUAUGGGCAGACCUCCCCCAUCCGUAUCCACAACUCAGAAAGGUUUCAAUACAUUCACAUAUUCAAAUCAGCAUCAAGAAAUCCACACGCAGUCUAUGCCAUGGUUCCAUGGAAAAAUUUCCCGUGAGGAGGCAGAAGAGCUGCUGGUACCGCGGGAGGAUGGCCUGUUCCUUGUGAGGGAGAGCAAGCACUACCCCGGGGACUAUACCCUGUGUGUGGCAUGUGCAAACAAAGUUGAGCACUACCACAUCAAGUGUGAUCGUAGUAAACUCACCAUCGAUGAUGAAGUGCACUUUGACAACUUGGUGAAGUUAGUCAAGUAUUAUCAAGGGGAAGCAGAUGGGCUCUGUACCAGACUGAUCAGACCAGUACCUAAACAAGGGGCAUUUGAUGUGACUGUGAAUGUGGAGGAGUUUAGGACCAGUGGCUGGGCCAUUCCAGCCCAGGACUUGCAACUUGGGGAACCUUUGGGUGAUGGAGAAUUUGGCACUGUGUACAAAGCCACAUAUAAAGGAAAAACGGUCGCAGCUAAGAGUUUGAAAGAGACAACGAGCAAAGCUGUUCAAUCGUUUCUCAAAGAGGCUUCCGUUAUGACGUCGCUGAGACACCCUAACUUAGUACAGCUGAUAGGCGUUGUCGUGGGAGAGAUAAUCAUCCUGGUGACAGAGUUCAUGGACAAGGGUAGUCUGGUGGAAUACCUGAGGUCCCGGGGUAGGGCUGUCAUCACCAAAAAACAACAGAUUGAAUUUGCCAGUGAUACUUGUAAUGCUAUGGCUUACCUGGAAAGGAAGAACCUUGUUCACAGGGACCUUGCUGCCAGAAACGUACUGGUGAAUGACCACAAUAUAGCUAAGGUAUCCGAUUUUGGUUUAGCUCUUGGCCAUAAUGUCAACCCAACGGGAGGGAAGUUCCCUAUUAAGUGGACAGCGCCUGAAGCAUUACGAGAAAGUAAAUUUACAAGCAAAUCUGAUAUGUGGAGCUUUGGAAUAUUGCUGUGGGAAAUUUACUCGUUUGGUCGUGUGCCUUACCCUAGGAUUCCAUUAGCAGACGUGGUGAUGCAUGUGGAAAAAGGUUAUCGUAUGGAGGCUCCUGAGGGGUGCCCCAAGGAGAUUUAUGAUAUCAUGAUGAGGGCAUGGAAAAUCCAGCCCGAAGGCAGACCUACAUUUCAAGAAGUGUACCAGGAACUGACUGAUCUCAAAUCUAUAACAGUGUAGCCACUUCUGAGCUGGCUGAAUCCAGAUAGAGACUGGACUGUGCAUGUGGAUGUGGUGACCCGAAACUAGUUGCAUCACUCUGCAACGGAUUUCACAGUUUCCCAUGAAAAUUUAAUAUGAACCAGUUUGUAUAAUGAGAAAUGUUUGGUCGUGCUGGGCACUGCCUUAAUGAGCGUAUGAUGUACUGUAGAUUCCUUGAACACUGCUGCGGCUUGUUGUGUUUCCGCUUGACUUGGACCAUGUGUGUGACUUGGGUCCAAUAUGGAUGUAUGUGUUGGGAGACAGCAAGCUGAGGACCAAGUAUACACAUCUGACCAUUACAAUAGUGUUUUGGUCUUCCCAACUGAAUUCACAUGGAAUGGAAAUGACUGGCAACUCAGAACAUUCUAUAAUGUAACACCAAAUAUACUGUUCAAAUACGCAUAACAAAGUUUAGUUCUAACACUUUGCCUUACACUUUAUUUACACAUAUGCUAAUUUCUUUACAGCAGUACUUUAAUAUGCAAUUUCUUGGACAUAUAAACCACUGCUUGAGAUUAGUAUUUUCAAUUUCAUUUGUGUUGAAUCCAUAUCCGUAUCUCUUUUUGGAGCUACUGCUCCCAAACAAAGGGAACAUUUUUUUUUUAAUUAAAAUUAUGAAAACAAUGUUAUAUGACUGAGUUCUUUUUAUUUAGGCCAUAAUUAAAGUCCUGUUUGAUCACUGGAAGUCUAUAUAUAUUUCUGUUUGUAUUUGUAAACACAAAGGCACAUGUAGGGCAUUGGGGUGCUGUUAAAGUAUAGGUUAAAAGCAAAGAAAACACCAACAUA